CUCAGAUCUGUAUCCAGGGGCAGAGCUAACACUUUGUCUCGGAGUUGUUCACCUACGCUUACUGCAGAUAAGCAGCUGUUUGUAAAGGAAUAAAAACUAAACUGAAGUGCAGGCAUGGCAGUCAGCCAAUCAAGGGUCCUUGUUGGAAUGUAAACAAUGUACGCAGGAUUAGACUGAAGCUGAAAAGAUAACUCUUGACAGAAGAGAGAUUGCCAGUAAGAUAUCGGGGGCUAGGCAUAGACCAGCCUGCGUCGCACGCAAGGUUCUGCACAGUCCUCAAUAUGACUGAUGGGGACUAUGAUUAUCUGAUCAAGCUCCUAGCCCUGGGGGACUCUGGAGUUGGGAAGACCACCUUCCUCUACAGAUACACGGAUAACAAGUUUAACCCCAAAUUCAUCACCACAGUGGGAAUCGACUUCAGGGAAAAGAGAGUGGUAUACAGUAAUUCAGGACCAAAUGGCACUGCUGGGAAAAAUUUUAAAGUUCACCUCCAGCUCUGGGACACUGCCGGACAAGAAAGGUUCCGUAGCCUCACCACGGCCUUCUUCCGAGACGCCAUGGGCUUUUUACUAAUGUUCGACCUCACGAGCCAGCAAAGCUUCUUAAACGUCAGAAACUGGAUGAGCCAACUCCAAGCUAAUGCAUAUUGUGAGAAUCCAGAUAUAGUAUUAAUUGGGAACAAAGCAGAUUUGUCUGACCAGAGAGAGGUUCAGGAAAAACAAGCAAAAGAGCUGGCAGAUAAAUAUGGGAUACCAUAUUUUGAGACAAGUGCGGCUACAGGAUCAGACGUUGAUAAAGCAGUAGUCACGCUCUUAGAUUUAAUAAUGAAGCGCAUGGAACAGUGUGUGCAGAAGACAGCACCCGAGUCUGCCAACGGAGGGGACUCAGGAAAGCUAGAGGCUGUGCAACCCCAGGAGAAGAAGUGUGCCUGUUAGACUGCAAGUUAAACGAUCCCCCUUUUAAAGAAAAUCCUAACAAUGGACAAAAAAAGAAAAGUUAUGUUAUUUAAGCAGGGAACAUGUUGGUUGGAAGCUGUAAGACAGACUUGUCAGGCCGCAUUUGGCUGUAACCUAAGAUUUGCUUGAGCAUCCGAUUUUCAAUACUGUAUUAUUAUAUAAAGAAGAUAUUGAACAUAACACUGUCCUGGCAGUGAGAACCCUUCUUGUGGAUAUUAUUAGUGGCAAGUUUGGCCAGUCUAUGACAUGGUAUCCAGAUAUCAAAGAUUCAUAAUCCAAAGUCUCACAGUCUGAAGGGUUCGGUCAUGCUUGCUUUUCUUUUUCAUUCAAAGAUGUUUGAUUGAACCUAUUAAAUCUCCAUCCAGGACCAGAAUUGUACUAAUAUAGUCUUAACUAGAUUGCGAUGUGGUAAUUGGGCAAAGGUUACGUAUUGUAUGUGUGGCAGUCAUAGUUGAAUUGUAUAGUUGACUGGCAUGGGUGCAUUCACGAUAACAACGUCUCUAUUAAAAAAUGGAAAAUUAAAAAAAGAAAGACUAUUUUAAAGAGCGCAGUGGUCUGCUUCCUCUCCUGGUUUAAAUCCUGAUCAGGCUGACCAACAUCUGCUUUCAAGGCGAUUCCAACUUAUUUCUGGCAGGACAGUGUACUGUAUACUGUAUUAUAAACACAAGUGUAAGAUGCUUCAGUAAAUCUGCUCUUUAUAUACUGUACAGUUAUGAAGGUAAAAUCUCUAGUAUUAAAUAGUACAAAAUGGAGACUUUUAUUCAUUCAUAUUUAAGAUUGUUUUAAUUAAAUGCUGCAUUCAUAUUAAUUAAUCAUCACCUGGAUAGCUACUGCUAUAUUUGUGCCAAACCUGUUUUUCCCUUUUUAGUACUCACAUGUGCCUGGUGCGUUUUUGACAAGUCUGCCUAGACGAUGAUAGGACAAAGGUGGUGGUUUGAGAAUUUUCUUUUACCCUAAAGUGUAAAUUACUCUCAUUUGUUCAAAAAUAAUUUAAAAAAAAAACAUGUUAAAGGUACUAAAAAUGAACACAUGCCAGGUUAUAAUUAAAGGUUUUUCAAAGUGGUUAACAAACUAUUUCAAUAAACCAUACCUAUUGUGCACUUCUGUUUGUUAUAUACUGUAAGUAUCAAAUAUCACAAAUUUUAAAUCGUGCCAUCUGGUUCUACACUGUGAUAAAGUGCAAGCCUUGCGUUCAGGUUAUCUUGCACUUCCUUUGGUCAGUUCACUUGGAGAGUGAAAUUACCCCACCCCUAGAACACCUUAUUUCCUGUCACUAACCAACUAAUAGCAAAAUGAGCUAGAAAAUGAAAUGGUAACAUACUUCCUGAAAGAAAAGACAAGCAAACAUUCUUUAACCUAGUGUAGCACCAGGCCUUUAUAGCAAGAGUAAGUGCACGACAGGUAAGCUUUACAGUGUGAAAUUGUUUUGUUAGACACAACCAUCAAGUUCGUACGGUUGUUUAUUUUUCAUUUUAUAAGUCGAAAGGGUGUUCAUCUUAAACAAUGUAAGUACUUUGCUCUUGAAGUAAAAAGCUUUGACAUUUUUCACUACACGUCAAUUAUAAUGAAGAGGAGUGCUUAAUAGAUACAGCUAAAUCCAACGCUGCUUCCCAUCAUGGUUGCAAUUCAUUUAUUUGUUUAUAAUUUAACCUUUUUUGAGACACUUGCCAAACUUUUCAUACCUUGUUUUACUGCUUUAUUUGGGGAUUUCUUGUUAUCCUAUUAUGUGGUAAUGAUAAAGAAAUGUGAAUGGCAAGCUAUUCACCUUCGCUUGUACAUAAUAGUUACACUGUAAUGUUGAUCAUGAACAUUUUCCGACUGGAACAUGACACAGGUUCACUGUUAACGGUAUUUCUUUCCUUAAAACGUACCAAUCUGGGUUUAUAAAUCAUUACCAAGUCAGACUUUAGUUUAGGUAAACAAUUGUUUUGACAAAGUGGAAGACAUUAAAAAAAUCAAAUGCAUAACAUUGAAAGAGACUCUUAUUAAAAUGUAUUUAUUUUAAGAUGCCUGACUAAGUUAAGGGGAAACAAAUGUUGCAACAACUGUCGCCUUCAGUGUUUUGUCGACACACUUGUGUACAAUGAAACUACCCUGUGUUGAGCAGGUAGAUAUAGUUCUCUUAUGUUCACCCAACAACUGAACCACACACUUCUACAUUUAUAUCAAGAUAAGCAGAAUAUCAACCUAGAAGAAACUUGUGUGACUCGUGAAAAAUGUGUACAAUCCCUUUGUUUUUAUGUCAGCUUUUGGAUUUGAUAGCCGUUCUCAAAAGUUUACAUUGUCUGGAGGGUUAUCUUUUCUCUGUAGUGGUGCUCGUGAUGCUGUGUGACCAAUAAUAUCUUGUGAAACCUUAUUUGUAAAAGUUGUGAAUUACUGAAUAUUUUUAAUGCAUCGAAAUAUGAAGUGAAGCAAAAAAUUAUAUAUAUGUAACAAUAUUGCAGAUUUGAAUCAUUUAAUUGUUUAAAAAAAACAGUUUUGCAGAAUUUGGAAUGUUCUUCUAUGUAUUUGAAAACAAUCAAUGUGCUUAUGCUUUUAAAUAUCAAUAUGCCUGAAAUGACCUGAAGCAUACACAGAGUUGUACCGAGCAUAUUUGAAUGCACCCUUAGCAUGGACCACAUACUGUAUGUGAGUGGCUUGGUAAGUGUGCUAUCUGUUUACCAAUAUAUCUCAGCACAUCUUUAGUGUAGUCCUGCUGUCUUCUGCUGUUUCAUUGCCUAAAGUGACCACAUGAGACAUGGAACUUAUUUAGCUAAUGAUGGGUAUUGAUCAUUUUUCUCAAUUCAUUUUGAACUAUAUAUUUUUUUUAACUUGUGUGUUUUCAGUUAUAAUUACUGCAGGGUUAAAAAAAAAAGAAGAAAACUUUCAAUAAAAAAAUGCAUUAUGUAACUGUGCAUAAGAGGUAUUGGCAAACCUUUUGAAAAAUGUGCUAGUGCAUUAAUAAAAGUAUUUAAAAAAUGUGAGCUUAGCAAAUUGCUAUCAGUUUGAUAAUUAAUAACUGCAGGGUUUUUUUUUUAGCAAGCGUCAAUACAAUAUAGCUAACACUUUUUGUUUUUUAAAGAUCUUCCUUUUGAAAAAGUAAAAAAAAAAAGACAACAUUUUCCAAAAUGGGGGAAUCUUACUAUAAAUGAGUAAGACUGUUCAUAUAUCAGCAGCACUGAAGUAUAAAGUUGAACCAUUAUGGAGUCAAAGUAAGUACAUUUAUACCCAUAUUGGCAAUAAACUAUAUUAAACCAUACUGCCAUUUGCCUAGUAUUAGAACAUACCUAAUCCCAGAAUUUACUGUAAUAUUAUAAGGGGGUGGGGGUAAAGCUGUUGGAGGGUUUGUAGUCUUCUUUCCCACACUGGGGCCUAUUUUUAAAACCUUUUUUCCAUUACUAGUUGGCUGUUCUAGGAAAGGGCGUGUAAAACACAGGCAGAGCCUCAGUAGGUUAGCCAGUCGUAUGAGAAACAUCAUCUGACUCCAGGGCAUUGAUAAAGACUGCUGCCUCUUUGAGACGGUACAGAUCUGUUUGAAUCGGUAGCUUGCUAAAAUGCUGUCCAACCAAGAGUCAUCUAUUUUUGCAGCUUUACUUUGAAGUGUUUUCAAACCUUGAUGCUGUGGUGUGACUCAGAGCAUAUGGCAUUUAUUCUUCUUUCAGUCACUGUGAUUUCUAACGUUUCUACAAGAAUAACAGUCACAGUGUGUGCCAUAUAGAGAGCACGAGAGAGAGAGAGAAAUAAGCAGUCUGAUCUCUAAUCUGUUGCUAUUAUCCUUGUCGUCAACAAUGACGGAAAGAAAUAGAUUAUCAGUCACUUUAGGAUGAAUGGAGUAUGGACCUUUCUUGUACCCUUUAAGAAUGUAUACUAUCAGAAGCCUUUUCCUUUUAAGAUUUAAAGGAUAAUGUCUACUUACUUUUAUAGAUUACCUACCUAGUAUGAAACAAAACAAAGAGUGUAGCAUUAAAUCCUACAGGGAAGCUGUUCAUGCUGUAUUAACUCAAAUGUAUGAGGGGGAGGUCAUAAUGGGUGCUUGAAAAGCAAAACCAGGUUUCAAAAUUACCUUUAAUAUUAUAUUGCUUGAUAAUGAAAUGGUUAAUUUAUCCCCUCUGAUUUUGUCUGACGGAAGGGUUAUAGCAAUGCGGUCUCUAGAUUUGCCCCACAGUUGUAUUUAUUCAUUUGAAGCCCUCCAGAUAAGAAUGGUAACUCAUACGUUUUUUGAUACAACAUGAAAAUAGCUUACUAACCACAGCUUCCCAUAACUAACACAUUUUUCGGUAGAUCAGUUUUUAGUUAUUACUGUAUUUUCAAUCCUCUGUCUCCUUAAUACUGUUACUGUACAGUAUGUGUACUCACUGUGCCUCCUAUAGAACCUAGGCAUUACAUCUACAGGAAAAAUGAGCUCCACCCACCUGUGUGCAAAAAAAGUUUACAUUAAGAACUGUUUUUUAAAGUAUUGAUUAUCACGCCUUUAGUUGUCUGAAGACCUGCUAGUAGGGCUGCCACAGAUAAAAUACAAUAGCAUCUCUGGCUUGUCACAAAAUGGGAGUUAAACUUUGCACUGGAUAUGAGUGGAAUAUGGAAGGACCAGGACAGACUGCCGGAUUGGUCUUACUUCUACUUACUCCUAUAUCCUGUACGCACUUCCAGUGUUUGGCAAAAUGCAUUACAUUACAGAACACUGUAUGGGGGGGAAAACAGUGUACUGAAGCAACAGAUACGGAAUGGAAAUUGCCUUAUUACUUAUUUACUUAUUUCAAGGCUAUUCAAGCUCAUCUGUUCAUAUAGUGAUAAAUCCUUUCAAAAAGAUGAUGCCACUGCAAUGAAUUGCAAAAAAAAAAAACCCAAAAAACAUUCCCUUCUCUAAACGGCUGGCUUUGUUACAAACAUGUUUUUUCAUUUGAUCUUUAUCAAAUUCAUUGUGAUUACUAGUUGUAUCAAUGUGCCUUUUUUUGGUUGAUGGUAUGUUAUUUUAUCUAUUUGUUUUUUCAUUAUUAGUGUGGUGCCUGGUUAUAAAUGCUGUGCCAUUACUUAUACCAAAGUAUGUGUGAUGAAUGCAAAAGGAUGGUGUAAGUACUGUAUAUAGUAAUGUGGUGUCUGGUUUUGUAAAACAUUGUUUUGUGUCUACAGUAUGUAGUCUUUCCAAUAAAAUGCAUUUUCAUUAUA